AUGGAUCCAGCCAUAGCUAAGGAAAAGGGGAAAAUUGAUUUUACCAAAGGUUCAGUUAAUGAGUACAAGUUUUAUCCAGAUAAUCCAACAUCAGAAUAUAAUAAAUCAAAAUUCGCCUCCAAAGAACCAUCAAAAUAUUAUGAUCCUUGUGCUCAAAGUGCACAGAUGAGUGUUAGAUGUCUUGAAGAUAAUAAUUUCGAUAGAGAUAUGUGUCAUGAAUAUUUCAAAGCAUAUAGAGAGUGUAAAAAAGAAUGGUUAAGACAGAGAAGACAAGAUAAUUUUAAUGGGAAAGGUUGGUGA